UCAAACUAUUUUACUUCCAACAGUCCAAACUCUAGUCAAUCAUACAUUUAAUUAAAAAAAAAUCUCUUGCCAUUCAUUUAAUAAAAUUACUGAUUGGUUCUAUAAAAGUAAAACGUCAUUACGACGUCAUCGUACCACUUCAUACCAUCUCCCCAUUCUUUGUAUGACUCAAUUUAGUUUCAGUAUAGUAGCAGUACACGAAUUCACACAUUUAAAUUCUCAGUAUUUGACGUCAUUGAGUAUAACUUCUGUAGAAUUUAUAUUACAAGGUUUUGUCGGCCUUGUCAAUAAGCUCAAUCACCAGAACCCAAGCAAACUACUCAAUUUAUUACUAAACAAAAUUAUAGUUUCACAUUUUCAGUAGGCCACGUCAGUUGCUUUCUGUCAGUCGUUUCAUAACCCGCUGAAAAAAUCAGUUAUUCAAUCUUGUGAAUAAAAUAUUUAUUUCAUUUUAUUCGUUUAACCAGAUAUCAAAUUCAAGUUUAAACAGCACUAAAAUCUAGGCAUCAUGAGCUACGGUUAUCAGGGUCCACCAAUGCCGUUCCCAGGACAAAAGCCGACAUCUUUUGAAGCACAUCCUGGUGCAUCUUCUGCCCCUGGAGCUCAACCUUAUCCUCAAAAUAAUUAUGGAUUUAAUCCAGUCCCAGCGCCAUUUAAUAUGCCGCAGCCUUUUGCGUCUCCAUACCCAUCAAAUCCGUACCCGCAGACUAAUCCAUCGAUGCCUUAUCCAAAUCAAUCAGACUUCUCUUCUCCAUAUCCUUCGAUGCCUCCAAAUGCUGCAUAUUCUUAUCCUAUGAACCCUGGACAAGCUCCUCCUCAAAACCCUACGCAGUUUUGUCCUGAUAAAAAUCCAGGAUUCCCAGCACAGCCUUACGCACCUCAGUCUUACCAUGGCAUGACUUAUCCUAGUCAACCAGCUAUGAAUCCUGGCAUGGGCCAUCCUAGUCCUCUAAGCAUGACUUAUCCCAGCCAACCAGCUAUGAAUCCUGGCAUGGGCAUGAAUAGAAACUAUCCUGGAAAUGCUAGUUCUCACACUAACGCUUACCCUGGAUCCUAUCCUGGGGGUCAAGGGGCAGGAGGUUAUCAAUUUGCUCCUUCAAUGGCUACUAUGUCAUCUUACCAUUCUUCUGCCUCUGCCCCCAAGAUGUCUCCAGUAAAUCCAAAGCCAUCUCCAACGGUAGUACCAUUCCCUGCUUUCAAUCCUCGAGAGGAUGCUGAAGUUCUUCGGAAAGCGAUGAAAGGAUUCGGUACUGAUGAGAAAGCGAUCAUUAAUGUCCUUGCCAAUCGAACAAACCUCCAGAGACAGGAAAUAGCUUUCCAGUUUAAAACACUUUAUGGAAAGGAUUUGAUAAAAGAUUUGAAAUCUGAGCUCACUGGAAACUUUGAAAAUCUUGUUGUUGCGAUGAUGACACCGAUUCCUAAUUAUUAUGCUACAGAACUUCAUGAAGCUAUGUCUGGAAUUGGAACUGAUGAAUGUGUUCUAAUUGAAGUCAUGUGCACGAUGUCUAAUCAAGAAAUUCAUAUGAUACGCCAAGCAUAUGAAUCUAUUUACGGACGUUCAUUGGAAGAUGAUCUUCGUGAAGAUACUUCCGGUUGCUUUAAACGUUUAAUGGUUUCACUGUGCUGUGGACAUCGUGAUGAAUCAUUCGAGGUAAAUCAAAGUGCUGCAAUGGAAGACGCUAGAAGACUUUUGCAAGCUGGAGAAUUACGUUUUGGCACCGACGAAUCUACUUUUAAUGCCGUUUUGGUACAACGUAGUAUUCCACAAUUGAAACAAAUAUUCGCAGAGUAUCAAAAUAUAACUGGAAAUUCUAUAGAAGAUGCUAUCAAAAAUGAAUUCAGUGGUGAUAUUGAGAAAGGUCUUCGUGCUAUUGUUCAAUGUGUAAAUCAUCGUGCUGGAUUUUUCGCAAAACAACUUUACAAAAGUAUGAAGGGAAUGGGAACUGAUGAUCGAAGACUCAUUAGACUUGUCGUCACACGUUCUGAAAUCGACAUGGGAGAAAUAAAACAAGCAUACAUCCAACAAUAUGGAAAAUCAUUAGAAGAUGCCAUAUCUGGUGAUUGCUCAGGACAUUAUAAAAAAUGUCUGUUGGCAUUGAUCGCUUAAAUGAAAACUUAGUACUUAUCACGAAGGUAUUUUGCAUUUAAUCAGAAAUUAUCGAUAAUUAUUCAAAAAUAUUUAAUUCUGCUUAUUAUCUUAAUGAACAAAAAAAUAAGUUAUGAAAGUAUUAAAAAAAUGAUAAAUUUGUGCCAAUCAAAAGUGAAAUUAUAUUUAGUGUUAAAAAUAGAAUCGUCAAUUUCGAAAAAGGUAUCUCUGAAAAUUGAUAUUUCUUAGGAGCAGAAAAUAAUUUUUUAAAAUUAUUAAGUAAAGAUUAAAUGACGACACUAAAAGUGUAGUAAAGCUAUCAAGUAUAUUAAUUUAAUUAGUAUAUUAUAAAGUACUACGAUCAUAAAGGAAGUUUAUAAGAACGUGCUUUCUAUUGAUAUCAGUUCGAUAAAUAUAAAAAGUUUGAGAAAAAAACUUUUUUUUGAAUUGACGAGUAAAUUAAAAGCGAGGCCUUCUUAUUCAAGACGUUGCAAAUGUUGGAAAGUAAAUUUAAAAAAAAUACCUGAUUACAGAAUGAUAGAGUAUAAUUUAAAAUGUUAAAUAUUUAGAAGUGACUCAGUCUAUUUGGUCUAUAAAAAUAUCGUUUUUGUUAAUUUUUUUUUCAAUCAUUUCAUUAACCUGGAAAAUUUGAAAAUGAAAAUAAAAAUAAAAAUUACAAAGCUUUGAAAAGUAUAAAAAAAAUUACUGAACUCAAACUCAAAUUUCUUCCAACAUUAAUAAGAUUUUCAAUUUUUCUUUUUUUUUAUUAAGGGCAUUUUUAGUCAGUGUUCCCUCCCUUUUUGAAAAUAUUCCAGACUCGGAUCAACAGUAUUAAAAUUUUAUUAAUAAAUUAAAAAAAAAUUAAAGCAUUAAUUGAAAAAAGAUCAAACUUACAAUUUUGCCAAGAUGUCAAUUUAAAAUAAAAUUAUUUUGAAUUGUUAUCAGGUAGGAGUUUAAUAAAAUUCAGUAAGUAAAUUUUAGCUUCAAAAAUUUGAAAUUUCAAAUUAUGAUUUUUUACUAAAAUUUAUUUUCCAAAUUUCGUUUAACUCCUAAUUGAUAUUAACUGUAAGUAAUCUUUUAAAAAAUCUAUACCUCGGCGAAAUUGCAACUGCGUUGUCCUUUUGUCAGUCAACACUUAACCAUUUUUUUUAAUUAAUCAUAAAAUUUAAAUCUGGUCCUGACAGUAGAAGGUCAUUGAAUAAUUUUAAAAAGGGUGGGUGUGGGUGGGGACUGUCUGGGAAUGUCCUUAAAUCCGACGUCAAUAAAGUGAAUGUAAAAAACAUAAAUCAAACCUCCUGAGAUCCGAACAACAAUUUUUUAAUUUUCUAAGCUGAGACGAGUAUUAUUCAUUAGAAUUUUUUAUUGUUAAAAAAUAAAUAUAAAUUUAAUUAUUAAUAAUUAUUUUUUGAUCGCUAUACAUGUUGACAUUUAAACAUUUUAUUGAUAAAUAUUUGACGAUAAAAUAGGGUUUUGAGGUGAACUAUGGUAUAUAUUUAUAAUAAAGACAACAAUAAACCUCAAAUAUUGUAAAAUAUUUUGUUCACGAUGUAUGAUAUAUAUAAAUAAAUUUCAGAGAAAUAAUAAAUAAAAUAUAUUGUAUUGA